AGUGUAUUGCAUUUAUGGUAUUGUAUUGCCGGCCUUGGUAUUGCCUGCCGAACGGUUGGUGUUUGGAUUUUAUGAUUGCUUAGGCUAAAACAGAUUUGUGGCUCCUAGGCCCUGUUUUGUAUCGAGAGUGAAUUGCUUUUUUAUUGUUCUGUUUCAUACAGAGCAAGUAGGUAGGUAAAGAAGGUUGAAUUUCCCAGCAUCUCUUUAUGAGAAAUUGUUUAUUUUCAUCUUCAUCUUGAUCUUGAUCUUGCACAGUGCACUCUGUCAGCAGGUAGCACAACUUCACCACGAUGCGGCGGCGUGCGGGCGUGGGUGCCAUCCAGAAGCACCGCGUCACCCAGGAGAAGUACCAGGCGAAGCGGGCUGAGCUGGAGGAAGGUCAGGUGGAGGAGUUGAGCCGGCAGCUGGAGACGUUCCGCGCCCGUCUGCAGGAGUUCGCCACCCGGCACCGGAACGACAUCCGGCGCGACGCCACCUUCCGGCGCCAGUUCCAGGAGAUGUGCGCCGCCAUCGGCGUCGACCCGCUCGCCUCGGGCAAGGGCUUCUGGUCGGAGCUGCUCGGCGUCGGCGACUACUACUACGAGCUGGCCGUGCGCGUGGUGGAGGCCUGCCUGGCGGCGGCGCCGCGCACCGGCGGCCUCAUGCCACUGGACGAGCUGCGGCGGCGACUGGCACGCGCCGCCGGGCCCGGUCAGCCCGAGCUCAGUCAGGACGACCUGCUGCGCGCCAUCGGUAAGCUGAAGGUGCUCGGCACAGGGUUCCAGGUGGUGCGCCUCGCCGGCGACCGGCACCUGGUGCAGUCGGUGCCGGGAGAGCUGAGCGGCGACCAGACGACCGUGCUGGAGCGCGCGCAGGCGCAGGGCGGCCACGUGACGGCCUCCGAGCUUGGCUGGACGCCGGCGCGGGCCGAGCGCGCGCUCGACCAGCUGGUGCAGGACGAACUCGCCUGGGUGGACGAGCAGACCGGCGGAGAGGUCGAGUACUGGUUCCCCAGCCUCUUCCCGGCGCUGAAUAAUGGUGAGGGCUGAAAUGGGGAUGUUACAUAUUGUCACUGGAGCCGGCGGGACUCUGUUUACUCUUGGGAGGGGGUUUAUUCAGUUUUGAGGACUGACUGUGUGGAACUGUGGGCUGUAUCACGCAGCAUGUAAGAAGUAUCGUCAUCUUGUGCUAGCCUUGUGUAUCGUGCUCGAUUUUCUUUAUAAGACUUUGUGUAUUGCUUAUUUUAUGCGUUUGCAUUUAUCACUGUCAAACGCAAAGAAAAGAACAGACAGCAAUCAGCUUCCCAUACAGCCAUUGCCGAUUAGUGCUGUGUUGGUGAGAAUAUGAGUGAAUAUGAUUGCUAAUGAAGUAUAUCUCUUCUUUUUUGUUAACAUGUUACUGUAAUCCGCAAAUUCAGAAACGUUCAUUCUGAACACCGUUUGUUUUAGGGCCUUGACCGUUUGUUUUUCAGGUCGAUCUUGUUGUUUUGAAUAGCUCGUGCUCUUAUCUGAAUGAAAGUCGCCUCAAAUCA